ACUGUCUGAAUUUUUUUUUUUUGUUUCCUUAAACCCUUUCAAGAAAAAAAUUAGGGCUUCUCUUGUUCCUUUGCAAAUUAGGGAUUUUUUUUGUUGUUGUUGUCAUCGUUCUUAUGAAAAGAUGAAUUUGAUCUCCAAAUCAUUGACGAGAAUUGAAUGUUCGCCAUUUUUCCAUCCCAGAGCUUCGGAAAUCCCUACCGGAAAACGGAUAACCUCUCCGCCGCAAAUCCGCUUCUGCACUGCGGCGACCGUCGGUGGGAAAACCGGAAGUGGCGGGAAGAGACAAAGAGCCAAAGCACCGGCGAAAACUCCGGAGGUUGUGACACCUGUGAAAACGCCGGAGAUUGCGACGGUCACGGCGACGACGGAGAAUGAGUUGGGUCGGCCAAAUGAGAUAGCUUUCGAGAAUGAAGUGGCGAAUUGGGUUAAUCUGAUUGGGUUUGUUAAUCAACCAGUUCAAUUCGAAGCUUCUUCUGAUGGCAAAUUCUGGGCUGGUACUGUUAUUUCCCAGAGGUCUGGUUCUGAUUCCGCUGCUUUCUGGAUUCCGAUAAUUUUUGAAGGCGAUUUAGCUAAAACGGCAGCUCGUUAUAUAAAUAAAGACGAUCAAAUUCAUGUUUCUGGGAAGCUUUUUAUAGAUUCCCCUCCUCCAAAUAUGACUUAUGCACAAGCCAAUGUUCAGGUGUUGGUCCAGAAUCUCAACUUUCUAAAGCCUACUUCUCCGUCUAUUGUUAUUUCAUCAUCUGAAAAGGAAGAAAGUGUCAUCAAGAAGCAUCCUGCUAGAGCUAAGAAGGACGUAGUCAUGGAUGAAGCUUCAGAUUCUUGGAAUCGCCUCAUUGAGAAUCCUAAAGAAUGGUGGGAUCACCGGGAAAAUAAAGUCAAUGGCUUGGUAAAACCAAGGCAUCCUGAUUUCAAGAGCAAGGACAGUAGUCUCUCACUGUGGCUCAAUAAAGCUCCUAACUGGGUUUUACCCAAACUUGAAGGACUUGAGUUUGAUGUUCUUGUCCCUAAAGCCAGAAUAGUGAAACAACUUAAAGGUGAAGAAUCAUGGAAGGACUUAGUUCAAAACCCAGAUAAAUGGUGGGACAAUAGAAUUGACAAGAGAAAUGCAAAAGCUCCUGAUUUCAAACACAAGGAGACAGGUGAAGCACUGUGGCUAAACGAGUCUCCUACAUGGCUACUACCAAAGCUACCACCAGUCAAGAAGAAACAAGAAAGUAUUGUCUCGUAGCCUUAGAAACAGUAAUCUCCUUGUAAAGAGCUCCAAAGUGUUUACAAAAUUCGUCAUUUCUCUAUUCAAUUGCUUAGAGUUUGCGUUU